UUCUGUCUUCCCCCUCUUUCUCUCUGCCUCUUUUCCAAAUUGUGUCUCCAACAUCAAGUCGCGCAGCCGGUGGGAAGCUGCAGCUCUCCACGCUGACAGCGCAACAACUUGUGGUCUGCGCCUUCGCUUUUAGCACCUACAACGCAACUUGCUGUGCAGACGCGUAACUUGAGUCCGGAGUUUGUUUUGAAGUGGAUCUGCUCGGCUGUCGGCGUCCGCAUUGUUUAUAAACAUCCUGGCUUUAGCAGAUGUUGGCUCGGAUUAGCUGGUCCGCACGCGAGGCUAGUUUUAAAUAUGGCUGUAAUGUGUGAGAAACAGCCGAAGCGGUGCGCGCGUGGGAAUGACGUGAGGGAGGCUGGAUCCAGGUGCGCGCACCUGUGGGAGAGCGUCCCGCAGGUGAGUGCGUGUCAGACGGCGGUGGAGGAGGAUCAGGUCACCUGCUCAGCGGCUCUGGUCCUGCUUCCACCGUCACUGCCCAAAGUACAGACAAGUCCCCGAGGUAGAAGUGAAAGAAGGCAUGAAGACAUCAUCCUAGUCGUAAGUCAUGGCCGAUAAAAGGAAACUUCAAGGUGAAAUAGAUCGAUGUCUGAAAAAAGUAGCGGAGGGAGUGGAGCAGUUUGAAGACAUCUGGCAAAAGCUUCAUAAUGCAGCCAAUGCAAACCAGAAGGAGAAAUAUGAAGCAGACCUCAAGAAAGAGAUUAAGAAGCUUCAGCGUCUUCGAGACCAGAUCAAGACGUGGGUGGCAUCCAACGAGAUCAAAGACAAAAGGCAGCUAGUAGAAAACCGAAAACUCAUAGAAACGCAAAUGGAGCGGUUCAAGGUAGUGGAAAGAGAAACCAAGACGAAAGCGUACUCCAAGGAGGGUCUGGGCCUGGCCCAGAAGGUGGACCCGGCCCAGAAGGAGAAGGAUGAGGUUGGAGCGUGGCUAACGAACACGAUAGACACGCUGAACAUGCAGGUGGACCAGUUUGAAAGCGAAGUGGAGUCUCUGUCUGUCCAGACGAGGAAGAAGAAAGGAGACAAGGAGAAGCAGGACCGGAUCGAGGAGCUGAAGAAGUUCAUCGAGAAGCAUCGGUACCACAUCCGGAUGCUGGAGACGAUACUGAGGAUGCUGGACAAUGACUCCGUGCAAGUGGAAGCCAUCAGGAAGAUCAAGGAUGAUGUGGAGUAUUAUAUCGACUCGUCACAAGACCCAGACUUUGAAGAAAAUGAGUUUCUUUAUGAUGACCUGGAUCUGGAGGAAAUUCCGGUGUCGCUGGUCGCUACCUCUCCACCGGGACCCUUGCACAUGGAGGAUGAGAUCUUCCAGCACUCCAGCAGCACGCCCACCUCCACCACCUCGUCUUCACCCAUCCCCCCCUCGCCUGCAACUUGCACUACGGAGAACUCUGAGGAUGACAAGAAGAGAGGACGUUCCACAGACAGUGAAGUCAGUCAGUCACCUGUGAAGAAUGGAAACCCAUGCUCCUUGUUAUCCUCUUCCUCAUCUUCUUCAUCUUCCUCCGUCUCGGGACUGACCUCAUCCUCACUGGUCUCCAUGGCGACCAUCACUGGGGGAGGAAGCAGCGGCUCUGGGGGCAACAGUCACCACGGCUCCUCGGGGGGUCACCUCUCCAACACUUCCGCUGGCAGCUACAGCAACGCCACCCAGCAGCAGCCGCACGCGUCAGCACAGCAGCAACAGGCCAAAAACUCCUUUGGCUCCUCGCCCUCGGUUCCCAUCAUCAACCCUAGCACCUCCACCAACAGCCACCCCGCCUCCUCGGCCUCCUCUCCCCCCAGUGCCAGCACACAGGGCUUCUUCACGUCGAACUCACAGCCCCAGACUCCGUCAGGGUCCACGCCCACCUCCAACAGCCUGGGCCUCAGUCUGGGCCUCACUCUGGGGAAAGGGGGCCUGACCAGCUCCAUCAGCACCAGCCCCAUGUCGGGGGGUCUGGGCCUGUCAGGGAUGCCGGCAUCCCUGAGCACCAUGGCCAGCCUUCUGUCCAGUGCCACCCCAGCACCAUACGCUCAGGCAGCUGCUUCGGGCGCGGUGGGUUCUGGCCUGCCGGGCUCUCUGGGCGGCGUCAGCACCACCACAACCAACAGCACCGUGGGCUCCAUCGGCAGCGGGAGCAUAGCAGUCGGUGGGCCGACGUCAUCGACGGGGGGCCUGCUGGGAGCGGCGCCGUGUGUGGGCUCGGGGAUUCUGGGUUUGGGUUCUGGUCAGUCAGGGGUGCAGUCUUCCCUCAUGUCACCGGGCCCAAUAGGAGGUUUAGCUCCGGGUAGCGGAGUGGGAGUCAUCGGAAGCAACGGAGGCAGCUCAGGAUCAGCAGGAAGCUCGGUGGGAGGAGGAAGCUCGUCGCUCUCUGUCCGACCACCGAGCCAACAGAAGCAGAACGGUAGCACCAGUUACAGUGCUGUGGUAGCAGACAGCACGGCAGACUCCGCCCUCAUUAGUGCCAGCCAAUCACAAAGCAGCCAACCCUCACCUUUGACCUCUGCAGCCAAUCAGCCACCGGUGUUUGUUUCCGUCUCCCUCCUCAGUAAGGACACGGGCCCCAGUUUACUGAGCUCUAUGAGUUUGUCGUCCAGCUCUCCCUCUGCUGCCUCCUUCAGCGAGGCCAAAGCGGCCGGCGGCGCCGGCAGCCUGCUGAACGGGCCCAUGUCCUUCUCCCACUCCCCCGACAUCAAGCCCCAGGAGCCUCUGAGCACCCUGAAGUCCAUGGCCGAGCGAGCAGCACUCAGCUCAGGGAUGGAGGGAGACGUGCCCUCGCUGCACCUCACCCCAGACAUCUUCCCCAGCAGCACUACAGCCCCCUCGGGUCCGCCGCCAGCACCUCAGCCCUCGCUGUCAGAGGUCAGCAUCCCGCCAUCGCUGGGGGUCUGCCCGCUGGGGCCGGUUCCCCUCUCCAAAGACCAGGGGUACCAGCAGGCCAUGGAGGAGGCGGCGUGGACGCACAUGCCCCACCCGUCCGACUCCGAGAGGAUCAGGCAGUACCUGAUGAGGAACCCCUGCCCCACGCUGCCUUUCCACCACCAGGUGCCACCCCCCCACUCUGACACUGUAGAGUUUUACCAGAGACUUUCCACCGAAACCCUCUUCUUCAUCUUUUAUUACCUGGAGGGCACCAAGGCCCAGUAUCUGGCAGCCAAAGCCCUGAAGAAGCAGUCGUGGCGUUUCCACACCAAGUACAUGAUGUGGUUUCAGAGGCACGAAGAACCCAAGACCAUUACUGAUGAGUAUGAGCAGGGAACAUACAUUUACUUUGACUAUGAGAAAUGGGGCCAGCGGAAGAAGGAAGGUUUCACUUUCGAGUACCGAUACCUCGAGGACCGAGACCUUCAAUGACCUGCAGACAAAGGGACGGACGGACGGACGGACGGACGGACGGACGGACGGACGGACGGAGAGCGGGUCGUCCACCUGCUGACAUUCCUGGAUAUGUCCUCCGCUCUGUAGGGGACGCAGAGGCUCAGCUCCGGUGGGCUGGGGGGGGUUUGAAACCCCUCCCUCUGCCUGACUCUCCUCCCUCACCUCAUCUUCCUCAUCUGAGCAGUGAAUAACUCCUCUCCACAUCACCAGGCCUUUUGUUUCUAGCGUUUCCUCAACUGGAACUCUUUUAAACCAACAGCGAGUCUUUAUUUUGGCAGAUACAACACAAGAAUCACACCAGUUUCCAGACUAUCAUGUGUUUGACCCUCUGUUUUUCUUGUUUUUUUGGCUUUAAAACAUUUGCUUAUUUUAGCCCCUUAAGAACCAAAGAUAAUUGGUUAAUCCUCCAGUACCGGCUCUGUCCACCUUCGUAAACAGACUAAAGCCUAAAUCUGUGCUCGUACUUCUCACAUUAUGUCCAUCAGGUCCUUUAAAUCAAGUGAGAAAUGUAACUGACCUCAGAUCAGUCAGCUUUUUUCCACUGGGAACCCUAUAGCCCACAAUCUGUAUCCAGUCCUGUCUGUACAAAGUAUUUCACAUUCCCACAUGUUCUGGGCGCCUCAGUUCUUUAGGUUCCCUCCGUCAGUGAAGGUGAUCAGACGAACGUUUUUGUUAAACCUGCUUCAUAGAGUUGUUGAUCUAUGUGGAGGCUGCUGUUGAGCUGCUCUGCAUUAAACCUUACACCUCAUCAAGUCAACAACUCUUCUGAUCAUUUUAAGCAGAAAUGGAGAAUUGCUGCAACACUAAUCGGAUUCCAGACGCUCAGAACUAUUCUCGCUUAUUUUAUCCUUGUUCAGACACUUAGUUAAAAUGUUGGAUGUUCUGUUACCUCAUCAUAUGAAAAAGGUCCCGUGCAGCUCAGCAGCGCCACAAACCGCGUCCUCCAGAAUAAUCACGCGACUCAACCUGGUCGUCAUCUUCGUGAAGUGACUGCUGCGUUACGAGGCCCUAAUAAACUGGUAACUGAGCUGCAGCCAGCAGCCGAAGCGCUGUUACAGCGCUCGUCCAGACAGAGUCCAAACACUCAGACCUCCAACAGAGCCACGGAGGGGGUGCAAGUUACAGUCCAGCUGGUCCUGAUGAACCGGACCUCAGCCUUUCAGGUGCUGGGUCAAACGGACCAGAACCUGUUAGCUUCACGUCAGUAUUUAUGGAGACUUCCGUCUCUAACGGUGUCACGCAUCCAGUGGAGCUCCUCUGAGCGUCCGUAGAAGCAGCUUCUGGGCCGAGCCGCCCGUGCGACCGCCCUCCAGAGGUCCAGUAGCGGUGCUUGUGGAGCAGAGUGGCUGCCUGCGCUGCCCACCGCCAUCCUGCCGCCGUGGAGGAGUGUGACACCGAGGUGUCGCUAGUAACGCUGGUACCAGACAAAUGAACGCGUCAGUUCACCCAGAUCACAUCACGAACGCUUCCAAUGGGAGGAAUCCUCAGAUCUCACAGCUUUUAUUCAUCCUACAAAACGACCUGCCGCCUGGUCUUCAGUUCCACUCCAGACAUUUUUAUUUGUGGCCUAAUGUGAAAUCAGCUGCUGGUAGAAAAAACACUUGUAUUAAAAUAAUUUGACUGCAGCUGCCAGCGAAUCCUGAGACACGGGGAAGUUAAUGUCACAUUAAUCCAUUUAAUUUCACCAUUUUUACUUUGUUUUAGAAUGAGAUGAGAUGAUUCUAUUUGGAUCAGCAUUAAAUAGGUGCUGCAGGAAGCAGACGCUCCACGUGACGCUGCCACUGUGUUGUCAUUUGAGUGAACUGAACCUUUAAUGUGAACCAAGCAUCGGUGGAUGCAGACAGUUAUUAGUCGUCCUCCUCCUCCUCUCUGUGCUGAAGAGCACGCACUGAGCACCACCAGCACCGCUGCCCACGUCUCCUCCUCUGUCCUCCAGCUCUCGGCUCAUGUUUACACUCGGACCGGGCCCACGAUAAACACUCACCACCAACAAACCAUGGCUCUGGCUUUUUUUCCUCCUCUGUCAACGCGCCACAGCGGAUUCGUGUUGGCCGCUGCUUUUGUCUCCUCCUUGCGCCUGGUAGAUGUUUCCUUGUUUUCUCAGGAAGUCUUUGACGGCUCGUUGGAGCCAGGAAGUGCGUUCGCCAGCAGCUCACGUCGCCACAGCACAACUUCCCUGGAGCGAUUUGUACCAAAAGCUUUAGUUUUUCUCCCUCUUUACCUGCCAGUGGCCCUUUUCAUUUCACUAAAGGCUUUUUUAGAAACACAAAUAUUAUCCUCCAAUGUUUGGAGCAGCACCAGGAAGCGAGACCAUCUUUAUAUUUUGUAUUUGUUGGAUUGGUCGUGGUAGUUUGUAUCUUUUGGUUGAUUUUUAUUUCAGAAACGGGGGAAGCGUUUUACGAGCAGAACGAGGAGCCCUGUUCCUUUUGAACAGGGAGGUGUUUUUACAGCUCCACGCAUUCACUUGACUGACAGUCCUGCUUUUAACCUCUUUGGUUACUCUGUUGUCUUUUAUUUUGAAGGGACGAGAGGUCGACCCGAGAGCCCAAAUGUGAAUCUCUCUCUGCCCCGUGACAAAGUGUUGCAUAGACUCUUGAAGCUCUCCGUUGGUUUCUGUUUCUUCCUGUUUGUUGUUGUUGUCGUCAGACAGCAUGGAAUCAUGACACUUGCAAAGUGACGCUGAAAAGGUAAAUAAUGAAAUAACCAUGAAUAAAGGAUUGUAAGAUAUUAAUAAAAGAAUUACUUUUCAGAAA